AUGACGGACGUGGAAGACAUUCAGCUGCCACCUGAGCUUUCGAACCUGUCGACCAUAGUCGACGCGUCGCCAGAAGUUUUGGCCACAGGGAGCAGCGACUUGCAAUCGACUGCUCUGAAUGCAACGAAGUUCAUAUACGACCUCGCCCUAGCUCUGAAGUCCGAGGAUAAUUCCCAAUACUACAUCAAUGAUCUCCUCAUGUCAAUUUCGCCCACUCUCGCGCCCGAGACCCGCUCGCAAAGCACGAAGCGGAAACGCAGCCCAACGUAUGAUCCUGCAGACUAUUCUCCGAAGUUCUAUGAAACCCCUGUUGAUGAACUUCAUGUCGAUGGCAUGAACGAUGACCAGGUCUGGGCCCAACUGGAGCUCAGAGCGGCGCGUGUCUGCAGUCUCCUGGAAUAUGCCCUCGAUGGCACAGGAGACGGUCUCGGUAAUGAGGGCGACGAGGAGUCAGCUGGGUCACAAAAGAAGCGCAAGAUGCUCUUGGAUGACGACGGGGACCUUGAUAUGGAUGACUUGGACGGUAUGAAGGUGGAUAGCGACGAGGACGAAGACGAGGACGGAGAUGAAGACGAAGACGAAGGAGAUGAGGAUGAGGAUGAAGAAGAUGAAGAUGAGGACGAAGAGGAGGACGAAGAGGAGGACUUAGGUGAGGGCGUUAUGCGAUUGCGGGAUGCAUCGGACGAUGAAGAAAACGGGGACACUGUCCUCGAUCUCGACAAGCCUUCAAUUCUCACUGGCGGGAAGCGAAAACUCAAGCUCAAGCUCAAAAAAGGAGGGCACCCCGAACUGGACGAUGGGUUUUUCGACCUGGCAACCUUCAACGCCGAGACUGAGGAGGCGGAAGCCAGAGCAGUGUCGAAGGGAAGAUUAGGGAAGGUCGAUAGUGAUGAGGAAGGUGACGAUGACGAGGGAGUGGACCUCUUUGCGCCAGUUGAUGCCAUGUCGGAUACUCUUGACGGUAACGAAGAAGGGGCUGCAGAGCCGUUCUACAAGGAUUUCUUCGAUCUCCCGCCGCGCCCCACCUCAUCAAAAGGCGAAAGGAAGACCCCUGCUCACUUGACUGCGUCGUCCUCAACUGGAAGAGUCCGCUUCCAUGAGGAAGUUCGGGUGAAGAAUAUAAAAGCUAGGGGGAAAAAUAUUCCAACCGCGGUGCUAUACGACGAUCCUGACGAUGAUGACUAUGAACCGGAGGAUGUUGACAGUGAGGAGGACGAUGGCAGUGAGGAGGAAGGAGAUGAAGAGGACGAAGAAUACGGCGAGUUGAUAUCCGAAGAUGGUAGCGAAGAGAACGACGAAGAUGGCAGCAAUGAGGAUGAAGAGGAAAGCUCACAAACCAGUCGAGACGAUGACGACGAUCUUGAGACUAUUGAGCGUUUCAAGGAUGAUUUAUUUGCAGAGGAGGAUGAGAAACAUCAGACAGACAUGACAGCAUUCGAGAAACGUAUGGCUGCCCUCCGAGAAGAGAUUGCCACAAUGGAAGCAGAGAACGUGGCGAAGAAGAAUUGGACCCUCAUGGGCGAAGCUACAUCGCGAUCACGACCACAGAACUCACUCCUCGAGGAGGACCUUGAGUUCGAGCGGGUGAUGAAAUCUGUCCCCGUCAUUACAGAGGAGACCGUUCAGAGCCUCGAAGAGCGUAUCAAGGCACGGAUCUUGGAAGGCCAAUUCGACGACGUUGUGCGUAAACGACCUGUCGAUGACAAGCCAUUCCUUCCUUCCCGCUUCUUUGAGCUACAAGACACGAAGUCAAAGCAGUCCCUCGCUGAGAUCUACGAGGACGAGUACACUGCUCAGACGGGCGGGGUCGCUGGCGAAGAUAGGGAUGGCAAGCUCAAGAAGGAGCAUCAAGAGCUCGAGAAGCAAUGGGAGCAGAUCUGUGGAAAGCUCGACGCGCUGUGCAAUGCGCAUUUCACACCAAAAGCACCGAAAGCGUCAAUAUCCACGGUCGCAAAUGUGGCCGCUGCGUCGAUGGAAUCAGCGCUUCCAACGACCAUGUCCUCCUCCUCAAUGCUUGCACCUGAAGAAGUGUUUGCACCGCCUUCUACCACGGAUCUCCGUGUGCGCAGCGAGCUCACGCCGACGGAAAAACGAGCCUUGCACAAUAAGCAGAAGAAGGCUAAGAAGAAGGCCCGCGAUGUGCUCGAAAAGAGCGUGGACAAGUUCGCGCAGUCCAAGAGAGCCGGCGGUGUCAAGAAGCAGAAGGAGGCGGCACUGAAGAGCGUAGUCAAGAGCGGGAAGGGAGUGACCGUCAUAGGCAAGAAGAGCAAAGACGUAGCUGGUCAGCGAAAGCGGACUGAAACAUAG